AUGGCUGUCAUUGUACUGGCUCUGCGGCGUUUCGCCCGUAAAAUAUACGCGAGCCUUUUUGAAGCCGCUUUCGCCACAUUCCUCUUCUCAUGGGAUGGGAUGCUCUUCCUUGGCAAUCUCCUUACGCCCAAGAUACCUGAAGGCAAGGUGGUUCCCAAGGGCAAACCUGGCGCAGGCGGCGUCUGGCCCGAGUACAAGCCCCCGACCGAAGAUGACAGUCGUUGCUCUUGUCCGGCCUUGAACGCGAUGGCGAAUCAUGGCAUCCUACCCCGCGAUGGGCGCAACAUUCGUUUCACCGAGCUCACUAGUACUGUGCGCGACACAUACAACUUCGGACCUACAUUCUGCAUCUUCGUUCCCCGAUUCAUCGCCAAGAUCUUGAACCGCACAUACUCGACCGACCAUCUGGAUCUGAGCGAUAUGGAUGUCCAUAAUGGCAUUGAACACGACGCAUCUCUUCUUCGCGAGGAUACAUUCAGAAAGUUUCACCAAGGUCUUCCAUCCGCAGAGCUGAUCACUAGGUUCCUCGCCUCGGCAACGGGCCCCGCACCCAAAGAGCCCAAGCUCACCGUACACUACCCCACCGGCCCACCAGCACCGCCAUUCUCGCCGCUCACGGAGAAGAUUGACAUGGACACCACCAUUACGAAGGCAGACAUGUCUUUAGCUCUCUCUAACGCACGCCGCGAGGCUCGGCAACUCAACCCGCAGUACUCCCUGGACCACGGGCACAGAAUGUUUGGCGCAUCCAAUGCCUCGACGAUGCUCACUAUCUUUGGUGGCCGUGUACGCGAUCUCGCCACGAUCCUCAUCGAAGAGCGCCUCCCGACCGGGUGGGAACCGCGUGUUCGUGACCGAUUUGGUCUGACGUUCGCAAAGUUCAACAUGACGGUCAUGCCAGUCGAGAUGGGUGUGCGAGAUGAGGUCGAGAGGCCGUUGAACCUGUGGUGA